AUGAGCCUCGUUCGUUUUCCCUGCUUGUCGACGUUUCCCAGCGCCAAACACCCCACACCUCUCGUCAAGCUAUCGCUCUCGCAGUCGACCGGGGGGUUGGUCACACCCACGAUCACAGCAGCAAACUCCACACCACCAGAUGAGGCGGUGGCAGGGGUCGACUUUGCUGUCCAAAGGGACGACAUCUUGGGGUUCCUCGACGGCCAAGGAAAAGCGUUCCUCAGCCCAAGGGCAGCGACAAGAACGCAAGCGUCUGCGUCUACAUCCGCCUCCACCGUCUUCGUGAUUGGAGGCAUCUUUCCAUCUUUUGGUAGACCAAAAAAGAAGCAUCACAAACCCGUGGUCCAAACAGCUCAAGACCCUUGCGGCCUGGCCUGCCCAGCCUCCAGGGCCAUGGUCUGCGGACAGACCGAGCUUUUCUGGGGGAGAAUGCCAUUUACUUUAAAUGAGGCCGACGACGACAACGAGAUACCGUAUCGGGCGCAAUCAAGAUGCAAUCUGUCUGUUAACAUGAAGGGGCCAGGUGGAGGGCCGCAAGUGCGAUUUCGCAAUGGCCCGGCCGAUGUCUUCCGGGAAUGGCACGCAGAAGCCAAGAUUGACCGACAGCAACAACGUUAUUGUUUAUCCGGCGCGCAGGCUAUCAGAAGACGCACGCUUUACCGCCUCCGCGCCAUCAUGUGGCCGUGGAACAAUAUCAAGAUGCUUCAAUGGUGUGGAACUCUGAGGGCACGCAGCAUGUGUGCGCUUCGCCCUCCAGAGGUUAGCCGUAGACAUUCGAUACCCUGGCCCGCGAUCUGGACUGGUACCUGCUGCACCGUGCCGCGCGAUAUCGAUGCAAGUGCUAGAAAAGGGAAGACUCGAGAGUGA